UUUUUUCAUGUUAUAAACAUUUCGUCAUGAUAACCCUUUAAAGCCUCCUUUUCUUCAGUAGCGAUGCAAUCUUUGCCACUAGAGCCAAAAAUAGAAACGCCUUCAAAAUUUAUCGUACGUCUAUACGCUGCCAUAGAUGAUCCCAACGUAAAAAGUAUAAUAUGGAGCCGCCAUGAAGCAUCGUUCCUUAUCCUCGACAAGGAAGAUUUUCAACAAAAUGUUCUUCCCAUGAUUUCAAAAACGAGCGAGUUCAGCGGUUUUAUCAGGCAGCUGAACGCAUACGGCUUUAAGAAAAGGAACAACAUCGAUGUGAAUGUCAGGGAAUAUGCACAUCCGAAUUUUAUAAGGAACCGUUUCGAUCUGCUCACGAAGCUGUCGCGCAGGAGCACAGGGAUAAUAAAAUCUGAGAGUGCAAGUUUGCAGAAUAACAUAAAAUUCCUCAACGAGAGCAAUUUCCGACUGACAUCAGAAGUGCUAACACUGAAGAACAAGGUAGAGGAGCAGGACAAGAAGAUUAAAACGCUAAUGGAGAUGUUCCAGCAGAUGUUCAACAUGCAGGCUGAUAAGGGCGACGGGUUGGGCACCGGAAAGUUUUCGGAGAGACAACUCGAUUACAAAGAGAAGAAGAGGAAGAGUCCGAAGUACCUGAGAGACGGCGGGGCAAACCAGCACGAUGACUACAACGAUUUUUUUUGAAGGCUGGCUGUAAAAAACACAACUCAUUAAAUUACUU